GAGAACAUAUGAUAAACGUCAAAACAUUCACUUAUUUAUUUACACGUCACUUGAAAACAGAAAGUUUCACUAUUUCUAUUUUUUUUUAUUUCUUAUUUGUUUGAUAAUUAAAACUGUUUAUUCAGGGCAUUUAUUGUUUUUAUAGAUUUGAGAAAAAGAGAGAAGCAUGUCAAACAGUUACACUCCACCUGACCGAUCAACCUAUGACCCUGGUUGGAACGAUCCUCCACCGAUGUCAUCGAUGGCAGCACCAGUUCCAGCUGCUGGAAAACCACGUACCAAUUUGAAUAAACGCGUAGCAUUUCCAAUGCAUCAAUCAUCUGCAGCAGCAGCGAGCUCAAAUGUGAAAACCACAGCCGAAGGUCUUCCGUUACCAUUUUCAACAGCGAAAUACCAACCACCUCCAGUGACAGCUUCAAUUCCUGAAGUGUGCCCAACUCCACAGAAACCUAUUUUGUCCCCACCUCCAACGUCGGCAAUUGUAAAUAAAAGUGCUCAAUCUCAAUC